GACAGGGUGGGGGAGAAAGCGAAACGCAAAGCGGUGGCGACUUGACCUCUUGCGCAUGCUCGAGUUGAGUAUAGAAAAGUUUCUUGAGAACAUGGCGGAUAGCUGAAGAGUGGAUUUACGCUGCUUCAAAAUUCCUUCAGUAGUUAUGUUUUGCGUGUGCCUUUACGAGCAGUGCAUAUCUUGAAGGGGUGUGCAGUUGGGGCAGUAUCAUCUUUGUCAUUGUUUUGUGUCGAGAUGUCUCUAGUGACGGUGCUGCGUUCUCCUUGUCUCUCCACGGAUAGUUCCCCUACCAGCGAUCAGGAAGAAGAGGCUGAGACCAGUGGACAGGAAAAUCCACAUCGAAAGAACAGCAUCAGCGAGUGCUACCUGGCAGUGAAGGGGACCGCGCUGAUUUUGCCCCACGACGAGUGCGUCCACAUAUACCGGUGUCCCAACAACAAUAUCGUCGCUGGGGACAUCCGAGCACACCUUCAGUCCAUGCUCUACAUGCUGCGUCGGGAAGACACACUCAAGAUGGCCGUCAAGUUGGAGAGCCUGCACCCUUCGAGGACGCGGUACCUGGCAGUGGUGGAAAGGGGUGUGGGACAGAACGAGGCGUGCCUGCUGGGCAUGGAUUGCAACCACCGCACAACGAUUGGACUAGUCCUUCCCAUCUGGGCAGACACCAGGAUAACGCUCGACGGGGACGGGGGGUUUAGUGUGACAUCUAGCAGUGGGCAUUAUAUCUUCAAACCAGUAUCCGUGCAAGCUAUGUGGUCAGCACUUCAGUCCUUGCACAGGGCCUGCGCUAAGUCCCGGGAACUAAAUAACUUUCAAGGUGGGACAACUCGUGUUUGGGUUCAGCACUAUGCCGACAGGAUUCAGUCGGAUCAGUCCUGCCUCAAUGAAUGGCACGCCAUGGAUGACCUGGUCUCCAGAAGACCUCCUUCUCCGGAUUCUUCACGCUCAAAACCUACGGAAAAGGAGGAGACAAAGGCUCUGAUUAAGAGCAAACUCAAAGAAUUGAUGAUGGCACUAGAUCUAGAUGAAGUCACCAGCAAAUUUAUUCGGUCACGGCUGGAGGAAGAGCUAGAUAUGAACUUGAACGAAUUCAAGCCUUUCAUCGACCAGGAGAUGUUGACUAUUCUUGGGCAAAUGGAUGCUGCUACAGAAAUCCUGGAGUACCUGUAUCUCGGAUCCGAAUGGAAUGCCUCAAAUUUAGAAGAACUAAAGGACAAGGGAGUGGGCCACAUCCUGAAUGUGACGCGGGAAAUAGACAACUUCUAUCCUGGAAUCUUCAACUACUUCAACAUCCGCGUGUACGACGACGAAACAACGGAGAUGCUCAAGCACUGGGACAAGACUUACAAGUAUAUUGCUCAGGCAAGGGAGCAAGGAUCCAAAGUGCUGGUACACUGCAAGAUGGGAAUCAGUAGGUCAGCAUCUGUGGUCAUCGCUUACGUUAUGAAGGCCAAUGACUGGAACCUGGACCAGGCCCUGGAAUUUGUACGGACGAGACGAAGCUGUAUCAAACCAAACUCUGGCUUCUUGAAGCAGCUAGAGACGUACCAAGGAAUCCUCAAUGCAAGUAAACAAAGGCACAACAGCAUUUGGCGCUCAAAAUCGGAGACUAACCUCAAGUACGAGAAACCAAAGAAGACAAAAAAAGAAGAGGAUGAGGAAAGGAAAAGCGAAGCGAUGAGGAACCAAAUGAAUCUUCUAAUUCCCGGGUCAGUUUCUCGUCCCAAGUCCUGGUCGCCGGACGACCUCUCUUCGGAGAUCCUCUUCCCCAAAGCUUCCGACAAGAGUCCGAGGUCCGACUGCAGCGAGAACUCCUCGACCGUAACCUCCGAGGGAAAGUGCGCCAAGCUCUUCUCGCGACUGACAAUUCCGCUGUACAUAACUUGCCCCAAGCAGGAAGGUCUCCACCGCGUCGCGUCCGUCAAGGACCGAAUAUGCGAGCUUGAAUCUCAGAAGGAGCCCGCGAAGGCGCCCAACCGGACGCCCGCCCCGGAGGGCAACACGAAGAGCCGGUUCAUCCUCAACCUGGCCAACCAGUUUUCGAGGAACGACGCGCCCGACGAGCCGAGCGUCAUCGAGCCCCUGCACGCGAAGCCUCCGAAGUACAACCCGGUGCCCGCGAAAGAAACCCAGUCCCCUCCUAGUCACCGCCUCGAGGCGUGCCGGCCGCCGGAAGUCCGCAGCCGGAAAGCGCGCCAGACGACGCGACCGGAAGCAGACGAUGCGGGGGUGACGCAGACCUCCCCGGAGAGCUUCUUCCCCUCCCGGCAGAUCCUGCGCACGCAGAGCCUGAGGUGCGAGCACCGCCCGCGGUCGACGGCGGUGCUCCCCCGGGGUCAGUCGAGGUUCCCCCAGGUCCCCAACGUCAUCAUCCACAGCACGAGCACGCCGUGCGUCGUCGAGGCAUUCAACCGGGUGCUCUGGGAAGUGGGGGAGCCCGCCUGCAAGGAGAGCCACGUCGGGGGAGACGGCGCCGGACAGCAGCAGGUGGGGGCGGAAGGCGUGCCGCAGAGGAGGGAGGAAGAGGGGGUGGUGAAGCGCCUGACGAAGGAGCUGGAGGCGAAGGCCGGCGUGCAGCAGCCGAGGAGGGCGGAGGAAGAGAGGCUGCGCAAGCACACGGCCUCCAAGAACCUGUCCGCGUUCCUGGAGCAGCACUGCAGGCUGCACGGCAGGAGGACGGCGGGCGUGCUGCAGAGGUCGCAGAGCGGCCCCGGGCUGCUGCCCCGCCCGACCGUGUGCAGGCAGCAGGGUCUCAGGCGGCAUAGGAACUCCCUGUACAACACCAUGUGACGGCCCCCCUGUAUAGAAACCGACGCGCGGGUCCCCAACGGCGGUGUCUGGCAGGCCUGGGUGUGCCGUGGGUCCUUUUAAGACUUCUCCGAUAGUGCUGCAGGAUGCUUUCUUUUAGCCACCUUGACGCACGUACGACAUUGCUUCGACAGAACUUUGCAGACCGGGCCAACGUUGGCCCCCCCACCCCUGUUUUGAGCAACUUGGUCAUCUUUCAGUGCCUUUCCUCCGAAGGGAAACCAGCAGCGGACCCGCUCUUUCCUGUCAGAAUCUCUCGGGCAACGAGGAGACACGAAAGAUGUGCCAUAUCGUCCCGCUUUGUUGCCCCCCCCCCCCCCCCCCUGCACGUGACGACUGGUGUCCAGAGACAUACGAGACUAUUGGAGAUUAUUUAAAAAAAGAAAGGUGAUGCAAAUUAAAGAUUUUAGGAACAUUA